AUGUCGUCGUAUACCAACGAUAACAAGUCACAUCAAUUUACACACUCGAAUACUCAGAGAAGGGCAUCUAUUGUGUAUGGUUCUGUUGGUAAGGGUGGUUUAUACGUUCCUUCAGAUUUCAUUCUGGCUAGACUAGAAGACAAUGAAACUUUUGAAAUUCACGAGGCUGAUGACCUUUUACCAUCAAACAUUGCUGAUGAAAUACAACCCUUGCUAAUACCAGGAAACAAGAAUAGAUUUCGUCGUAAAUCACAAAUUGCUGAGGAAUUGGUAGAGGAGGAGAGAGAGCUUUUGAAAGACAACAAUAUUGUUGUCAACGGUGAUGAAGAAGAGGUUAUCGAUGCUUUUGAGGAUGCAAUAGUGAAUAAGAAGAUCGAAGCCACAACGUCUUUAAUCGAAUUGAAAGCUUUAGUUAAAUCAUCUAUUCCUCUAGUUCUCACAUUUCUUCUCCAAAACUCUUUAUCCACUGUUUCAGUCUUUAGUGUUGGGCACUUGGGUGCGACUGAGUUGGCAGCUGUUUCGAUGGGUUCUAUGACUGCAAAUAUCACAGGCUACGCCACGAUUCAAGGAAUUGCAACAGCAUUAGACACGUUGUGCCCACAAGCUUUUGGUGCAAAGAGAUAUUCCUUAGUGGGAUCAUAUUUGCAGAAGUGUGUUGCAUUGAUUUUAGUUGUCAUGCUUCCGGUUUUGGUUGCGUGGAUUUUCUUUGGUCAUAGAUUAAUUUGUUUAAUCGUUCCUGAUAAAGAUACUGCAAAACUUGCAGCAGUAUAUUUAAAAUACAUUGCUCCAGGAAUUCCUGCUUACAUUGCUUUUGAAUGUGGAAAGAGAUUCUUGCAAGCCCAAGGAAUAUAUCAUAUUUCCACGUAUGUCUUAUUAGUUGCAGCUCCAUCAAACUUAUUCAUGAACAUUCUUUUGGUUCAACGGUUUGGAUACCUUGGAGCUCCUAUUGCUGUUUCUAUCAACUAUUGGUUGAUGGCAAUUGGCUUAAUCGGUAGCACAAUUUUCUUGGUUAAGCCCGAAAGCACUCCAACUGGAUUGCAUCCGUUGAUAUGUUGGGGAGGCUUAAAUGUUUCUGAAGCUUUUUCCCAUUGGGGCAAAUUGGCCCAGUUGGCAAUUCCAGGGUUGGUCAUGUUGGAAGCUGAAUUUCUUGCAUUUGAAAUCUUGACAUUGCUCGCAUCAUACUUGGGAACAGUACCUCUUGCUGCACAGUCUAUCGGUACCACUAUGGCUUCAUUAACGUACCAAGUCCCAUUUGCAAUUGGAAUUGCUGCAUCCACUCGUAUUGCCAACUUUUUAGGGGCAGGAUUGGGACCUGCUGCCCAAAAGAGUACACAAGUUGCUUUAAGCUUUGGACUUAUAAUCUCAUUCUUGAAUUUCUUGGCUCUCUAUUGUUUUCAGAGACCAAUUGCCAAAGCCUUCACUGAUGAUGAAGAUGUUAUUAAAAUGGUUGGACAAAUAAUGUGGUUGAUCGCGUUGAUGCAAAUUUCUGACGCAGUUAACGCAAAUUCAGCAGGCUGCCUCAGGGGCCAGGGCCAAACAAAGAUUGGAGGUAUCGUAAAUUUGCUAUCAUACUAUGUAGUGGGAUUGCCAUUAUCUAUAUAUUUAACAUUCUAUUCGCCUUGGAAGGGACACCUAGAUGGAUUAUGGAUUGGAAGUUGCGUUGCAUUGACAAUUAUUGGGGGAGUACAAAGUUACUAUUCCUUAUUUGCUGAUUUUGACAAAUUAUGUGAAGAUGCAAGAAAGAGAACAUCUGUCGAGGUACAUGUUUGA